AUGACCGCUUCAUUACUCCUCCACUCGCACUGGGUUGACCCGGUGAUGUUCCUCUACGACAACGGCUUGGACGAGAGAAGCAAGAGCAUGGAAGGAUUUACUGGAGGCAAUUUCGCUGCGAACCAGUGCAGGAAUUUGUUAGCGCAUCCAACCUCGCUGGCUCCCAGCACCACCUACACCGCGAGUGAGGUGCCAGUCUCUGGCAUGGGGGAGCCUGGCAAACAGUGCAGCCCCUGCUCUGCCACCCAAAGCUCUCCCAAUGCGUCUUUGCCCUAUGGAUAUUUUGGCAGCAGUUAUUACCCGUGCAGGAUGUCGCACGGCAGCGUCAAGGCGUGCGCGCAGCCCUCCGGUUAUGGCGAUAAGUACAUGGACUCGCCGGUGUCUGGCGAGGAGUUCUCGACCAGGGCGAAGGAGUUUGCGUUUUACCAGGGCUACUCCUCGGGUCCGUACCAGCCCAGCUACCUGGACGUCCCCGUGGUCCCUGCGCUCAGCGCGCCGUCUGAGCCAAGGCACGAGUCCCUGCUGCCCAUGGAGCCCUACCAGCCGUGGGCCAUCACCAACGGGUGGAGCGGUCAAGUUUACUGCACCAAAGAGCAGCCACAGUCCAAUCCUCUGUGGAAGUCCUCGUUACAAGACACCAUAUCUGGUGGGGACAGCUCCAUCCGCCGUGGGAGGAAGAAGCGUGUGCCUUACACCAAGGUGCAGCUCAAGGAACUGGAGAGGGAGUACGCCGCCAAUAAAUUCAUCACCAAGGACAAAAGGAGGAGGAUAUCCGCGCAGACGAACCUGACAGAGAGACAAGUGACAAUCUGGUUUCAGAACAGACGCGUGAAGGAGAAGAAGGUGGUGAACAAAUUCAAGAGCUCCAGUUAG